AUGCCCCCGCUGCCCAUCCAGGUGCUUCAGCUGCUGCGCUCUUGGAGCGCGCGCGCAUGGAACGAGGGUCUGCCUACCGACCUCUCCAAACUAAAUGCUGUAAACGCGCAGCGCGCCAGCAAUGAGAACAACGCCACAACAGCAGCAACACACAUUCCAGCCGACUCCCGCUCUUUUGUAACACCCAGUCACGCAGACUCACCUGCUGCCGACAAGAGGACUACCGACCUGCCUGCCACCAACACAUACGGCGCCACGGAGCCGUAUGGCCACCAGCCCAACCUCGCUGAGCCAAGCACAGCUCAGCCAAACGCUACCCAGCCAAUAGCCGCCCAGUCGAUCACCGCCGAGCUAGGUGUAACUCAGCCGAGUACAGCCGAGCCAAGCUCUGAGUUGACCAACUCGAAUACCGCCGACCCACAUGCCCCGGAUCCACGCGCCGCCCAAGAUCUGAGCGCCUUCGAACCAAGUUCCGCUGCUUCGCGCCUCAAGCUGCCUGCCACCGCUGGCUACACCGCCUACACCACAUGCGCUCUUGAACUCCUCCACAAGUGCCCUGUCCACGCAACGUUCGCAGUUGCAACCCCGGCUUCAUCCUCAGCUGAAGAGUUGUCCAUGUGCAAGGCUGGUUCACCUGUUGGAGAUCUGUUUGUCGUUGUGGACACCGCAGACUCCGCCGUCGUCGUAGUCCCAACACACGACAACGUGGCUCCCGAACCCAUCGGGUUUGUCAUCGUCAUGGCCGCUGUGGUGCUCGUCUUCUUCCUCAUAUCCAUGCCGGACUCGGUGCUUCUUCUAGCCUUGGAUUGCCGAGCUGUACUGCGCGCCUACAUAUCACGCUUCACAGGGACACCAAGAGCCAAGACCAACAGCGUGACGACAUCAUUGGAUAGUAGCAGCGUCGGAGAUCAAUCUAUUUCUGAGUGCGCGUCUAACGUCACACCCGUCGCGGCUAUGCAGUCCACGGCUCCAGCUACAGCUCCAAGGGCGUUUCCGAAGCGGGAAGCGGCCUUCGACAGCCGCCUCCAUAAUGGAAACGUCCCCACUGCGGCCAACUGCCAGCACACAAGUGAGGAGGGUGGAAUACGCGAUGCCAGCAGCAGCGUCGGUGGUGGUGAUGACGGCAUGGCGUCGACGACAUCGCAAAGCCUCGCCCGACAUACAGCCCAUCUGGCCGAGACACAGGACCGUGGCAACGCUGCCGGCGUCAACCACGAACCUGACGACGGCGGCGGCGGCAGUCCGGACAACAACCCUGUUGCUGAUCCUGACAACUCUGCCACGUCUAAGCCAGCAGCAAAAACAACUGCCGCCGCAGCUGUGCCAACGCAACGUCUCGCCACGGACACCACCACGCCCAAGGCUGACGACGCGACCGCAAGCGGUCGUGAUAAUGCGGCUUGUAUUUGUACAGCUCCCUUGGGCAACUGGGGCCUAGCUGCACCCGCCGCUGCGAGAAACCCGCGGGAUAGCGCAAGAUACGAUACAUGCAGCACUGACAGCUUGACCGCGAGCCCCGACGCCAGCGGCGUGAUGGUGGGCGGCAGCCCAUCCGAACAGAAUGAAAUCGGCUGCAGCGCUAUCAAUGGUCAAGACGAGCUCUUCACAGGCGCGGAGGGCGGGCCCGCAACGCCGCUUCUGGACAGGGAUGAGGUUAACGAGGACUUCCUCGUUUGCAUGGCGUCACCAGGGCCAAUCGAGGGGAGUGUUGAGUUGGCUACACAGGCCGCAACGUCAGCUACACCAAGCGCCUCAAUCGCCUCGCUGCAGUCGUGGGCCACAGGUGGAGUGGUGCCUUCGGCGGUUGGGCUGCCGUCGCAAGCCGCUUCCGCCUUGCCCGUCCUCGCCCCGGGCGGUGCAACCCCUGCCAACGGUUAUGAGUCGGACCCAGGCGACGCGCCGCAGUUACCGGUGGCGCCGGUGGCGUUGUACGAACCAGCGGCGGUUGUAGAAUCGUCGCCGCCGUUGUCAGCUUCACAGUCGCCGCUUCGGUCGCCGUCGCAAUCUCCUUCGCAGUCCUCUUCACAGAAAAUGCCGCACAGCGGCGACCCCUUGGCCUCGCCGCCGCGGUCUCCCUGGAGACCCCCAUCACAGUCGACGCCACCAUCGCUGCUCCGGUACGGUACACCUAUGACGUCACCGCGGCGUUCGCCGUCCAAGUCGUCAUCGGAGUCACAAUCGCCUUCGCAGUCGACGUCCCCAGCGGGCCCUCGCUACCGCACCCCUCUGAUGUCACCUAGGCGGUUUCAGCAGCAGUCGUCGCCUUCCACAUCGGCGUCACCGUCGCCGUCAGCUUCACCGUCAGCUUCGCCGUCGCCAUCCCAUCCCAUUUCGGGCUCAGCGCCUUUGUCUUCCCCGCCCCCCCCGUCAUCCGUUCUGGCCGGCAGCGGCUUCGUAGUGCCGCCAGGCGACCUUACCACUACUGGCAAGAGCAGGAUACCCCGCAGUAUUGGCGGCAGCGGUUUCGCAGCCCCACCUCGAGCGGGACACAGCAAACUGCCUGCGGGAGUUCCCCCCCUCGCUUUCGGCCACGUUAAUGCAAUGGCGCUCACCGCCCUCACAGCUCGCACGCCGGCCGGUACGGCGACGCCAGGCACCGGCCGCCGUACCGGAGUAACUGCAAUCCCCUUGUUUAUCGCGAAGCGCUCCGGCAUACCGGCGCCGCCGAAGGCCCUUGAGGUCCCUGCAACGGAGGAUGCCGCGAUGGGAGUAGCCAACGCUGAUGAGCGACCUGUGAUGCAGGCAAUGGCUGCCAUGACCGUGGAGGAGGCGUCAGCUUUCGCACAACCGCAGCUGCCACCCCUGCGGAUCGCGGCAGUGACCUUACAGCCUAAGGAGGCAAUGGGAGCGGCAAUGGCCGCCGGGAGUGAGGUGAUUGCGGAUACGGAGGCAGCGCCAUGCAGUCCGACCCGCAACGCUCCUGUCCCUGCUAAUCUGGCACCCGCCGUGGCCGCCACCCUCCGGCCGGGCCGCAGCAGGAGCUGGCGCGGCCUCAUUCGCGUGGAGCGUGUUGUGUACCGGUGGCGCAAAAGGCUCGCCGAGUCGAACAAAACCCUGGCGAGAAGGUGGCUCUGCGCGUUGGUGCGAACCCGCGGCGAGGCGAACAUCGUGAAGUACGUUACCCAAGUCAUCGGCUCUGGAAACAUGAGCCCACGUGCACUUACGCCUCCGUCCCCGCUUGCUGGCGAUCCGGCCGGCAAUGGGGCUGUCGUGAACACCGACGGUGGAGAAGGUGGCAACAGCAGCGGCACCGGCGCCGCAAGCGGCGCGCCCGACGCCCAGGCAACGAAUGGGACCUUCAGUGAAAGCGCUGCAGCCUGUAUCCAGCGGAUGGUGCUCAGGUUUAUCGAACAACGGAUCAGCAGCACGUCUGCCGAAGUCUCUACCUCGGACUCGCUGCAGCUUGUCAGUGACGGCGGCUGUGCGUCCGAAAUAAAACUAGUGUUAGCGUCCAAUGACGGCUCGCUGGCUCAGAGCUCCCCAAGCUGCACGACAAGGGACGCCACCGGCAAUAGCGGUGGCGGAAGUACCUUGCAUGCUAGCGCGCCCCAGUUGACGAGGAUGAACAGCAGCAGCAGGGACUGUGAAGGGGAUGGUACUGGCGGUGGCCACGGUCGCAUGGUGGCGAUGAGUCCGACAGCAGCGCACGGCGGCGUCGCUUUGAGUGCCGACGACGAGGCCUGGGUCUGCGUGGUGGCUCGGCCUAGCCCACCACCACAAUUCCAGAUCCACGGCGUUAAGGCCGGCGAUGAAGUGACGCAGGUCGAGAGGUGUACCGCUGAGCUUGCUUCCGAAGCGUGGAGCAGCGAUGAUGAGCUGCCGCUGGCCAAGGGCUUUGCCGGUGCGUUCGUGGAGGCGGCGCUGGCGGCUGCAGCGGUGAAAGGCCCCACAAACGUGUUGUGUCCUGCGUCGCGCCGCAACCUGUUGCAGGGCUCGUUACCCUGCUCGGAGUAA